UCUGUUUUAAUUUGAUAUUUAACCUUUUUUGUGAGUUUUAAAGUAUGAAAAAAUUGAAUUUAAUUUUCUAUACACCCCUUAAAAAGUAUAGCACUAUAUUUUCUUUUACGGUGUGUCUAUUAGCACAAGAAUCAUGUAAGUUACAUGGAUAUACGUGGACUCAAGAGUACUUCACGUGGAUAUACCCAACAAUUGUCCAAUACCCUUAUAUACACGUAAAAUCAUAUAACAACGUGAAAAUCAAUUAAUUUAAAUAUCCAUAGAACCCGGUACUAGCGCACUGGCUUAUAGAAACGUAAAAGCUUAAAGGCCCGUAUAUACAGGCAUGUAAGAUCAGUACUUAGAGGCCCGUAAUAUUUCAUAAACACGUAACAUGUUUUUUGAAUAGAGGCCCUAAAGUCAAGUAAAAGUAAGAGACACGUAACAGGUGAAAGGGUUUAUAGGAACACGUAAAAAGUAAAAACACGUAAAAAGCGACCUUUCCCAGCUUACGGGCUUGCAAUUACGUAAUAAGUUAAAGGCUCGUAAAAGCGGCUGGGGCUGCAAGCUUAAAGCCACGCAAUGGGCUUAGAGACAGGUAAAAAGUAAAAACACGUAAUAACUCGCUUAUUACGUGUUUUUUAAUCACGUAACAAUUAGCCGAUAAAAGGACGCAAAGGUCUUAUAAAAGACACGUAAAAAAUCAAAAUUAAAAAUACUAAAAUUAAAAAACUGAGAAUAGGAAAAUAAUUGUUUUUAUAAAUAUUUGAACCCAUGUUUAUCCGCUGCGAAUUUGCGAAGUAGCCGCGAUGAAAACUGGACUCAUAUAUGCGUAUAUAUUUAUAUGUAUGUACAUACAUAGAAAAGAGGCUGUUUUGUCAGCAUAAGUCCUGAUUUCCUUGUUUAUAUGCACAUACAUAUAAGCUGUUUUCUUAAAAGCAGUAUAACGUGCAAGUAUGAAGCUAACCUUAUUGAAAACAUAAACCAUAAGGUUCUAAUGUGUCUGCUUCUUUCAUGUUUACAGUUUUAUUACCUUUACUUUUUUUUUCUCUUUUAAUAAUUAAGAAUUAAUAAAGUUGUUUAAACAAAUUAAUUUGCAAAUCUGAGGUCAGAUUCGUAAUCAACAACCCCAACAAUCCUUUAUAAUUCAUAGGUUGAUGCAUAAUUAAAAUAUUUUACAAUUCCAGUACAUAGUGUAAAAGGGGCUUUAUUGUUUUAUUACAUUUAUAUUGUUGUUUAAACGUUUUGAUUAUUCUAAUUAUGUCUACAUAAUUUAUACUUUUCAUAUGUUUAUUAUUCAACUGUUUUCAACCGCCUGUAAUGCUAAAAUUGAAAUUUUUUACGAUUUCAAUAAUGCAAUUCGGGUAAAAGUAUGUAAAAUGUUCAAUGAAUGUUUAUAACUGUUAUUAAAGUUAAAAAUCAUUAUUUCAGGAACUUUUAUUCUUUUAGUACCUAAUUAGUUGCCCGAUAUUCAAUAUUUAAUUACAGCAAUUUAUUUUUUCGAUGUUUAAACUAUACUGUGCCUUGUUUAUUAUACCUGUUUUAUACGUAUACUAUACGUAUAGUAUACUUACGCAAGGUGGAUUAACAGCCCUGGUGUGUUGUUUAGUAAGUGGCGCCACGUAUGGGUGAAGGUGAAGGCGAAAGUGAACGGCUGUAGCGUGGAGUGCCGAUUUCUUUAAUGAUGAACAACGGUAUGUAUAAAAAAUCUAUAAAAUAUAUUUGAAUAUGAUAUCUAAAAAUAAAAAUUUCGUAGGUACUAAACGUUUAAAAAAAGGAGCUAGUAGUGAUAUUGCAAUAGAAGAGUUUAUAAGAAAAUACUGUGAUGACCGUAAACAAAUGUUUGUCAAAAGCCGAACACAAACAUUGUCAACCGCUAAUGUAAAAUACAAAAAUGUUGUAAAUGAAGGAUGUACUUAUUACUUCAUUGAAUACAAUUGUAAAUAUGGGCCAGAAAGACCUUCAACGUCAUCAAAACAGGAGAGAGUCCAGCACUUUUAAAAGAAACUGUAAAGCAUUUAUAAAAUUUCAAAUAUCAAGAGAUACAAAAUCAUAUAUAAUUUUGGAUUUUAAUGAACAACAGAAUAAUCAUGAUGGACUUGAAAAAUUGUAUGGCACUUGCCAGAAAAAAGACGUUUGAACGAGGAAGAAAAAAUAGAUGUCUCCAGGCUAUUGUCUUUGGGUUGUAAUCCUGCAAGAUUACAACUACGACUUAGAGAGACAAUAAAAAAGGAAGUACGAAGAAAAUAUCUACUUAAUUUAGUGGCAUCUACUAAGUGCAAGGAUGGAGAUAAUAUUCAUAAUGUGAUUGAAUUAUUGCGAACAGAUUAUGGAGCAACUCCGAGAGUACUUCAGGAAAGUGAAAUAUUUGUAGCCCUUUAUUUUUCGAUUGAACAUAUGAGGUUGAAUGUACAAAAAUAUGGACAAAUAGUUUUUAUGGAUUGUACGUACAAAAUCUUUAAAGCACAAUACUCUCUCAUGCUUUUUGUCAUUGAAGAUGGUGAAGGCCGUAGUCAAGUAGUAGAUAUUGUUAUAAUUAUUAAUGAAACAAAACCUGUACUAAAAUGGGCAAUUGAAAGUUUUAAAAAUGAUAACGAGAUGUCCUACAAAGAUAUUCAAAAAAUUCUAAAAAUAAAGAUACAGUCACCGCAUACAACACCUUUGGAUAAAUGUAAAAGAAAAUAUGAAGCAAUUUUAACACAUUAUGCUUUUGAAAAAUUAUCACAACAAUUAGAUUUAUGCAAUUACGUAACUCUUCAUAAAUCUUUUGAUAGCUUUCAUUAUACAGUUAAUCAAAAUGGUGAAAUAUUAAACGUAACAUCGUCACAAUGUACAUAUCUUGACCAAUGGUGUAUGCAAUUACCAUGUUGGCAUGUAUUUGCUGUCAGAAAACUGUUGGAUAUGGAUCUUUUUUCUCAAGAUUUAUGUAAUGAACGUUGGAAAAAAUUGCAGGAUAUUCUACCACCAACUUCUGCACAAAAUAAAAACAAUGAAGCUUCUGUUACAAUUUCUAAAGUUAGGUCCAGUAAAAACAAGACAAUUGGUAAUGCAAGAAGAAAACUCAAAAUAGUGACAGACGAAUUAGUUUCUCUAGCAUCAGAACAGUCAGAAGACAAAUUCCAAAGUCGACUGAAUUUAUUGUAUAAUUUGAGAGAUUUCUGGAAAGCAAAUAAAACAGUCAAAUUAGCUGUCUCGGAAGUAAAAAAAAACAUAUCAACAGAUUUAGAAGAUGAUGAACAAAGAGAUCAGUUAAAUAAGUCUUUAAGUUUAUUAAAUAUUUCUGAAUACAAACUCGAAUUCUGAUACUGAUGCAGAUCCAAAAACAUGUACACAAGAAAUUAAAUCUCAAAAAAGUGCUAAAGUAAUUGAUAAAGUUAGUGGUGCUUUGUCAACUACAGUUAAAAUGGGCUCACGAAAAAAAGAACUAAAAAGAAGUAACUGAGUUCACAAAUUUGUCGGACAAUAGUAAAUUAAAUAAAAUUCUUGAAUGGCUACGUUUUUUUAAUUUUUACGUGUCCCUAUAAGCCCUUUGCGUGCCUCUAAGCCUACAGGCCGAGCCGCUUUUGCGUGUCUUUAACUUUUUACGUGGCUGCAAGCCCGUAAGCUGGGAAAGGUGGCUUUUUACGUAUUUUUACUUUUUACCUGUCUCUAAGCCCAUUACGUGGCUUUAAGCUUGCUGGCCCAGCCGCUUUCACGUGUCUUUAACUUAUUACGUGGCUGCAAGCCCGCAAGCUGCGAAAGGCGGCUUUUUACGUGUCCCUAUAAGCCCAUUCACCUCUUUCAUGUCUCUUACUUUUACUUGACUUUGGGGCCUCUCCAAAAAACAUGUUACGUGUUUAUAAAAUAUUACGGGCCUCUAAGUACUGAACUUACGUGCCUGUAUACAUCGGCCUUUAAGCUUUUACGUUUCUAUAAGCCAGUGUGCCAGUACCGGGUUAUACAGAUAUUUAAAUUAAUUGAUUUUCACGUUGUUAUAAGAUUUUACAUGUAUAUUAGAGUACUGGAAAAUUUACGUGUCUCUAGCAUUGCAGGAAAAUUGUGGGUUAUAUCCCCGUGAAGUACUCUUAUAUCCACGUAUAUCCACGUAAUUUAAGUGAUGCAAAGCAACAUAUGCUAUAUUGCAUGCCCAUGUGAUUGGGAACUAAGACAAUUGGGAACUAAGAAUGAGGCUAUUUGACACAAUGGUGAAAAGUGUAAUGGAAUACGGGGCAGAGGUGUGGAGAUGAAAGAGGAAAGAGGAACUGGAGAAGAUUCAGAAAAGAUAUAUGAAAUGGAUAAUGAAACUGAACAGAACUACGCCGGAGCAUGUACUACACCUAGAGACUAAGAGAUACAAGCUAGCAACAAGGACAAGGAGAAGAGCAAUAAAAUACGAGGUGAAACUAAGUAAAGCAAGGUUCCUUGUGGAAAGAAUGCUAGAAACAACUAGAAAAAGAGGAGGACAAAAAGAUUGGAAAAGGAAAAAACUGAAGUCAUAAAGAAGAGGAGCUAAAUAAAAGAGGAUGGGGACUAUCUGAAUACUACAGAAGAAUGAGAGCAGGAGAGCAGGUUUGGUCGGAGCUGGAAGGGACAGAAAAGGACAUACAAUGGCAGAAUUGGGAAAGCAAAAUGAGAGAGUCAAGACAAGCGAGAGAUAUAAAAGAAUUAAUAAAACCACAGGAAGAGACUCCAGAAUAUCUGAGGAGAGUAGGUAAUACAGGGAAAAAAGGGCUAGCGAUGACGACAAGAUUUAGAAUGGGAAAUGAAGCAAGAGGAUAUAAAUACUGGCUGAAAGAGGAGGAAAGAAUAUUCAGGUUAUGUAAAGAAGAGGCAGAGACUUAUGAACACAUAUUUUUGAGAUGCAGCAAAUCAGGUGACAGCCAGAAUAAUUGGAAAAUAUUUUAAAUGGGGAAAGAAAAAAUUUGGCGAAGCUAUUCAGAGUAAUAUGGCUAAGAAAAAAAAAUAGAAGAUAGAGGAAAGCUAAAAGAAAACCCCGGUGCAAAGAAAGAAAAGAGCAAACGAUAGAACGCAAAGCGCAAUAGAAUAGAAAUGGUAGCAAUAGAGAAGAGGAGAAGAUAUAACAGAUAGGGGAAGAUAGAAAGAACCAGACGAAGUAACCAAAUAGAGUGCAGGGACAUUUAGUGAGCAGGGAAGAUGAGUGGAACGGGAGGAACAGUGGAAAAAACAAAAGUUACCAGAUUCAGACAAGAAUAUGGUACAGGCGGAGAUGGGAUAGUGGACGAGGAAUGAGAAACGUAGCAGCACAGAAAAGAAAACACAUGGUGAGACUCAGAAAGAAAGAGGUUAGUAAAGAUAAAACAAGUAGAAAAAGGAUAAGAUGUACGGUGACAAGAAAAAGGAAUGAGAGAUGAGAGAGGAGGUGGAAGGUUAGAAAAUAAAGGCGAGGUUCGAGAGAGAGAAAAGAGAAGCCCUGGAAAUGAAAAUGGAAGAUGUGAGAGAGGAUGUGGAAAUUUUAAAGAGAAAGAUGAAAAACAUGCAGAAAGAGAUAGAUGAGAUGAAGGAUGGCCGCGCAGAUAAGAAUAACAGAGUGGAGGUGAUAAAGAAGAGGCAGGAAUUAAGAAGAGAGAGAAGAGGGUUUGAAAGAGGAGAAGAAAGAAUUUUGAGAGAGAAAAGUACUGACGCGUCCAGCUAUAGCCACAGGAGAGGGGACAACAGAUGCAAGGUACGGGAGAGAGGAUUAAUCAUCCACUUAAACAACUGGACAGGGAAUAUUCAAUUUAAGACUGGCUAGAGGACAUUAUUGAGGGAGUAGAGUGGGAAAUGGAAGACGAGGACGGAAGAUACAAAGAAAAUUAUUUUUAAGAAGAAAGAAGAUAUGGAAGCUAUUUGGGAGAGAAGGGCAGAAUUUAAAGAAGGAGGCAAGAUCAGGUUAGAGCAGUGGCUGUCAUUCAACGAGAGAAGUGCCAAAGCACUGAUUAUGAGGGAGAAGAGGAGAAGGGAAGUGGAUGAGGACGAGGAGGGCGAGGUAUCACAUAAGAAGGAAUGAGUAGCCGAAAUCGAGGCAGAGGCGUACAUAUGGGACGAGAAGAAGGAGAGAGUAAUAAAGAAGAGAAAAGGGAUAGAAAAAGGUGAUGAGGGACGUUACAAGAUCUGGAGGUCGGGAGAAUCAGAGGAAGAGGACGAAGAGUAAAAAAACGAGGGUGUAGAGAAAAUAGAAGAGAGAAGAGAGAAUGUAAAUAGCAUACCCACAUAAAGAGAUAGCAGUAGAUCACUCACAUACACGCAUACACACACACGCACUCCGACAGACACGCACACACGUAAAAUCACAUACACACAUACACACGCACACAGAGACAUGAAAACAGGAGUAGCAGGAGUGAUCACACGCACGCACACACAGUCAAACAGUAACAUGACCUACAGAGCAACAUGACAUGACACGACACAAUAGGGUAGAGAGAGAGAGAGAGAGAGAGAGAGAGAGAGAGAGAGAGAGAGAGAGAGAGAGAGAGA